ACGUCACUAGCUACAAAGAUUUCGCCGCUCUUCCCAGAUAUUGAUACAUAAGUUGGAAAGCUUUUCUGGUUCCCCUGGAGUCCUAAGUAACUUGUGUGGGAAGAGGGCUGAAUGGCCUUUAGGAGAUUUGGCCAGACCUCUUGUGAUUAGAAAGACCUGUGGAGAUCGAUCAGUCCAUUUUGGAGCUGGAUUAGAGACCAGAAAGAAGAUGGAGGGACAAUGCUCAGCAGAUGCAGGAGCUGGAAAAGGCCCUUCAGCUGCUCACUCUGGAAGCUGUGGGAAGAAUGGGGCAAGUCCUGGGCAGAAGAGUCAAGAACAGGAAGCCAACAGUUCAGAGGUGCAAUACUGUCACUUCAGAAAUGUGCAGUUCCAGGAGGGGAGGGGUCCCCGAGAUAUUUGCAGUCAGCUUCACCUCCUUUGCCGUCAGUGGCUUCAGCCAGAAAGACACACGAAGGCUCAGAUGCUGGACCUGGUGGUCCUGGAGCAAUUCCUGGCUGUCCUAUCCCCAGAGAUGGCAAAAUGGGUGCGGGAGUAUGGAGCAGAAUCUAGUUCCCAGGCGGUAGCCUUGGCCGAAGGCUUCUUGCUGAACGUGGAUGUGGAAAAGAUACAAGAAGAGUUCCAGAAAUCCUUGGAAGCUGUGACCGAGUAUCCCAAGGGGAGGAAAGAUUCAUCCAAAUCCUCUCAAGAGCUGCUGUUCAGGAAGAGCUUCCAGAAAGGUCAAAGUCAGGACACCAUGCGAGAGAGUAGAAAGCUGACCUUGGAAUUUGUAGAGUCACCUCCUCUUUGUGGUGCAGCUGAAGGAUUGUCUGAACCUCUACUUCUGGAUGUUGUAUCUUUUGAGGAAGUGGCCGUGUUUUUUUCCAAGGAGGAGUGGUCUCAGCUGGAUCCUGCCCAAAAAGCUCUCCACGGAGAAGUCAUGCUGGAGAAUUCCAGGAAUCUGGCUUCUCUGGGCUUUACUGGGCAAGAGAAUAAUAAUUGCAAGGAGAAAUGCCAAGUGAGCCAAUCAAAAGAGGGAAAAGGGAAGUUUGCAGAUCAGAUGCAACCGAAGAGUGAUGAAACAAAUCAAUCACAAAGUGGAAUUAAAAAAGGCUUUCCUCGUGUCAGUCGGCUUCCUAACUCUACAAGCAUUGAUACGGGAGAAGAACCAUAUAAAUGUACGGAGUGUGGAAAAAGCUUUAAUAAAUCUGAUCAACUCAUUUCCCAUAAAAAGACACAUUUAGAAGAGAAAACACAUACCUGCAAGGAGUGUGGAAAGACCUUCUGUAAUAAUCGCUCUCUUAGAAGUCAUGAAAGGACUCACAAAAGAGAAAGACCAUAUCAAUGCAUUGAGUGUGGAAAGAGCUUUACUUGUGCCACUCAUCUUAGUACCCAUAAGAUGAAGCACACAAAAGAGAAGCCAUAUAAUUGUGUGGAGUGCGGAAAGGCCUUCGGUUAUUCUAAGUCUCUUAUAAUCCAUCAAAGGAUUCACAAAGGAGAAAGACCUUAUAAAUGUACGGAGUGUGGAAAGACCUUUAAUUGUAUCAGUAAUCUUAAUUGCCACAAGAAGAUCCAUACAGGAGAGAAGCCAUAUCAAUGCAUGGAAUGUGGAAAGACCUUUACUUAUAAGACUAGCCUCAAUUCCCAUAAGAGGAUCCACACAGGAGAGAAGCCGUAUCAAUGCAUGGAAUGUGGAAAGACCUUCUCUUAUAAUUACUCUCUCAUAAUCCAUCAGAGGAAUCACAAAGGAGAAAGACCUUAUAAAUGCAUGGAGUGUGGAAAGACCUUUACUUGUAGCAGUAGUCUUAAUUACCACAACAGGGUCCACACACAAGAGAAACCAUAUCAAUGCACGGAGUGUGGAAAGGAUUUUAGGAACAGUAAUAAUCUUGCCUCCCAUAAGAGGAUUCAUACAAGAGAGAAACAGUAUCAAUGUAUGGAGGCUGGAAAGACCUUUACUUGUAGCAGUAGUCUUAUUUCCCACAAGAGUAUUCACACAGGGGAGAAGCCAUAUCAAUGCAUGGAGUGUGGAAAGAGCUUUAGUAGGAAAAGAGCUCUGAUUCACCAUAAACCUAUCCAUACAAAGGAGAAGCCAUAUCAAUGCAUGGAGUGUGGAAAGAGCUUUAGUAGGAAAACGAAUCUGAUUCACCAUAAACCUAUCCAUACAAAGGAAAAGCCAUAUCAAUGCACGGAGUGUAGAAAGACCUUCUGUUAUUAUAACUCUCUUAUAAGACAUGAAAGGAAUCACACAGGAGAAAGACCUUAUAAAUGUUUGGACUGUGGAAAGACCUUUAUUCGUAGCACUAGUCUUAAUUCCCACAAGAGGGUCCACAUAGGAGAGAAGCCAUAUAAAUGUAUGGAAUGUGGAAAGAGCUUUAGGUGGAAUUCUGGUCUUAUCGCCCAUAAAAGGAUCCACACAGGAGAAAGACCAUAUGAAUGCACGGAGUGUGGAAAGACCUUUACUUGUAGCAAUACUCUUAAUUCCCACAAGAGAAGCCACACAGAAGAAAGACCAUAUGAAUGCACGGAGUGUGGAAAGACCUUUAUUUGUAGCAGUAGCCUUAACUCCCACAAGAGAAGCCACACAGGAGAGAAACCAUAUCAAUGCAUGGAAUGUGGGAAGAGCUUUGCCAGGAAUUGCACUCUUACUCGUCAUAGAAAGAUCCACACUCAGGAGAAACCACAUCAAUAAAGGAAGUGUGAGAAGUGGUUUGAAGGAACAAUUGGAAAACUACCACCACUACCACCAAUUUGUCAUGGAUUCUUUUUAAACCAUAGCCAGUUUGAUUGACUUGAGCUCGAAAGAUCCAUCAAAAGCAUGAAUUCUAGACAAUUUAAAUUUUCAGUCUCCGAUAAGAGUUGUGGAAAUGUUUGAGACUUCCGGUUUGAUGUUGUGGC